UUAGUCUGUUUGUCUGUAAACCAAACCAAAUAUACACAUGUAUAUAUUUCAUUGUAUUUUCAUUGCAGAUUUGCAGUGAAGAAGCCAAGUGAUACAAACCUUAAUCCCAAAAAUCACCUCAGAUCCUCAUCCAUUUACCUAUUGUAUGUAUAUUCUAUUAUCCUAUGCAAGCACUGUUGAUUCUUGAAUUAUUCCCACUAUAAAGUAUAUACUUUGGUUAACUUGUCUCUAUGUAUAUGUGAUUUUGUUGUAAUUGUUUUGUAUUUUAAUUAGUGUCACAUAAAAAAUUAUUUCUGUCUUGAUCAACCGUCACUCUUCUCCAAUUGCUGUCUUGUACUCAAUCUCAUGUUCUAAUCUUGCACGAAUAAUAUUUCUAUCGUCAUCAGGCUUGUGGGUUUGCUCCUUUUUGUUGUUUCAGGUGUUUUUGUCUUGGGGUUGGAUUUUGAUGGCUGAAUAUGGACCUCGAUUGUAUAGUUGCUGUAAAUGCCGAAAUCAUAUCGCGCUUCAUGAUGAUAUAAUCUCCAAGGCUUUCCAGGGAAGGAAUGGGCGAGCAUUUUUGUUCUCACAUGCUAUGAACAUUACUGUUGGGCGCAAAGAAGACAGGAAUCUCAUGACGGGUCUCCACACUGUUGCUGAUAUAUCUUGUGCUGAUUGCUGUGAGGUUUUGGGCUGGAAGUAUGAAAGAGCUUAUGAACCGACACAGAAGUACAAGGAGGGGAAGUUCAUACUGGAGAAGUCAAAAAUUGUGAAUGAGAACUGGUAAUUCUCAAAGAUUGUUCUAUUUCUUUCGCACUUUAAUAUAUGUGCAUCAAGUCUCUCCUGUACAGAAAAUACCUCCCCUUUCACAAGUAGGUUCACUGCUUGCUACUGUAUGUAAAUAUGCUCGAGAUAUGUAAAACAAGUCAUUUGUUUUGUUAAUAAAAUUUUUAUAUCUUGCA